AUGCCGGGGAGAACCCCAAAGGGGAAGACGCGAGGGAAGCGGCCAGCAGCAAAACCCUCAGCAAAAAAAACUAAAGAGGGUUUUGUUGCAGCUCUAGGUCAUGCUGCUGCUUUAGGAGCCUGGAGGCCGUUGCCGCUGCAGCAGCAAAUCGAUGCUUUUGCUGCUGCUGUUGCUGCGGGGCCUAAUGGUAGGGGCGUCCUCAGCAGCGGGAAGUUAGCAGCACCUGCCACCUUCUUCGUACCUUCAAGAAGUGCUGCAGCAGCAGCAGCAGCAAAGGCUGCCGCUGAAGCAGCAAAAGCAGAAGCUGCUGCUGCUGCAGCAAGCGCAGAAACUGCCCCUGCAGCAGCAACAGCAGCAGCAACAUAUGAGAAGCAACAGCAAAGAAGCGCUACAGGAAACCAGCAGAGUGAUGCUGCUACGACGGCGGAGAGAAAAGCUGCUGUUGCUGCCGUGAGCAUUGACCCUUCCGCAGCAGCAGCUGCAGCAACAGCAGCAGCACCAGCAACAGCAACAGCAACAGCAGCAGCAGCACCUGAUGCUGAACUGCGCGGAGGUUGUUUACAAGUUAAUGCGAAGUUCAGUGCCAUGGUAGAGACCCUCAACAACUUGAAGCAAAAGAUCAAUGAACAAGCUAGCAGCAGCAGCAGCAGCAGCAUCGAGGGGACCGAUGCAGCAGCUGCAAGCGAGCGUCAAGUGUAUGUUGAGCUGCAACGGUUGCUGCUGCUGCUGCAGCAACCCAAUGCGCCGAGCAGCCAAGCGCGGCAGCUUGAAGAUGUUUAUAGAUGGUAUAAGAAAUUCUGCUGUCCCCAGGAGGACCAGCAGCAGCAGCAGCAGCAACAGCAGCAGCAACAGCAGCAGCAGCAAGAAGCAUCCCUGUUGUCGAGAGGCUCUCCUUUAGAGCCCACAAAUAUACCCCUGCCUGGUUCUGCCUUUUGGAAGCAGCAGCUGCUGCUGCUGCAGCAAGAGGAAGAGGAGCAAGAUGAAGAAGAUGAGGAGGAGUACGGGGAGCAAGAAGAUCAGCAGCAAGACCUGCAGCAGCAGCAGCAGCAACAGCAACAGCAGCAGCAGCAGCAGCAGCAGCAGGAGCAGGAAGGAGACAACCCCUUUUAUGAUUAUAUUAUGUCGCACAUGCCCGUAUGCACUGCAGCAGACAAACUCCGCCUCUACAGAAUGAAGCUCCUCUUCAGGCCUGCCCCGUCAAAGCAGCAGCAGCAGCACCCAGAGAGCAGCAGCAGCAGCAGCAGCAGCAACAGCAGCAACUUUUUUGAUUAUCAAAUUCCUAGCGGCAACACCCCAUGGGGCCUUGUGCUGCCCCAGGGGGAGAAUGAAGAAGAAGAGACACCCGAACCACCAACGAGGCCCCUUCAGUUUCAAUUUCAGGGGUUAAAUCUCGGCUGGAUGGCCGAGUGGUCUAAGGCGCUGCGUUCAGGCCGCAGUCCUCGCGGGCGAUACCCUUCCUCCGACCGCCGCUCUCUUGUGGAGGCGCAGCUCCAUCAGCGGUGGAGAGAAGCUGAGAGGAGGGAACGCUUAGUGGCUUGGCAGGCUCAUCGUGACGCCAUUGCACGCCAGGUUGAGGAGAAGCAGCGAGAUGACUGGAAGCUGCGGUGCCGAUCGAUGCAGCAGCGGCACACCGUCGCUACGUGCAGCCCUGGGGUUUCGCCUCGGCUGCAGCGAAGAGCAGCAGCAGAAGCCGAUGAGGGCUGCAGCAAUGAGGAGCAGCAGCAGCAGCAGCAAGAGCUAUACGAAGACGAAGACGAAGAGGAAGAGCAGCAGCAGCAGCAGCAGCAACAUCAGCAGAGGCAUCACACAGUUGCUGCUGCAGGAGCCUCAACUGCCACCUUGCAUGCGAUCAAAUCUGGCUUAAGACUUAGGACGGGGGUUUGCAGAUGUUUUUGUGGGGACUGCCCCACUGCAAUGUCGGCGUCAGUGCUGCAGCAGCCGAGCGUGUUUGCUGCUGUUGCUGCCUAUCGACAGCAGCAGCAGCAGCAGCUGCUGCUGCUGCGGCAAAAGAAGAUGAAAAAGAAGGGAAAAGCAGCAGCAGCAGCAAAGACACCCCAGGCUAAGGGCAAGGCUGCAGCAACAAAGAAGUGA